CAGAGCAGCUCACAGAUAUGUCACAAGCAAUUAUACAGACCUCAUGGAGAAUAAGGAUCAGCGAUAGUCUUCAUUCAGUGGAGAAACGUCUAGUGCAGGACAGUGUGUGUGGAGUCGAUGCCUGUGUGAGGUGAGGUGAAGGCAGGUGAGGGAAGGAAAGAAGAGGAGAUGAGUGGAGCAGGAAGAAAGGAAGUGGCCGCUGCACCUGCUGAAGGUCCAGCACCACCGAAACGAGGAAGAGGAAGACCCCGCAACCCACCACAGGAGCCUAUGGACCCUGAUGCUCCCAGACGGACAAGAGGAAGACCCAGAGGGAGUAAGAAUAAAGCCUAUCGAGCUCCAGCCAAAGUAGAUCCAGAGAAGGAGAAGAGACCUCGAGGACGACCAAGAAAAUGGCCUCAGAAAACAGUCCAGCAAGAAGAACAGCAGCCCGAGGAACAGGGGGAGGAGCCUAAAGAGACCCAGCCCACCCAAACCCCGCCCCCAGAGUCUCCGCAGGAGGGGCGUGUCUGAAACUACCUCGACCGGUUGGUGGAGUGUUGAGUGUUUGCUGUAGAACGACGGACAUAUUCAUAUUUUUCCAAAUUUUACAUUCAUUUUGUCUUUUGUAAAAGCUUAAAAGGGUAGAAAAAAAUUGCAACAUCAAUUUGACUCGUAUAGAGCAGAUUUAUUAGGAAAGUAUAUGCCAGGAACUCAAUACAAAUCAGGGAAUGGAAUUACUCAAAACUACUGAAUUGAGCUUAGUAAACUGUACAUAGUCCUGAUCAGUGUCUGGCUAUGGCUAAUUUACAGCACAUGAUGCUGUUAUAUUUAAAAUGGCAAGAGUGCAGAAAAAAAAACCUGUCCACUAAACAUACAGGUGCAUUUUAUUAAAAUUAGAAUAUUAUAAAAUAAAAAAAUGAAUAUUAUAUAAGACCAAUUGGUACCUUUGGCAGGGUGGGCAGUGUGCCAAGUCCUGCUGGAAAAUGAAAUCCGCAUCUCCAUAAAAGUUGUCAGUAGCAGAGGGAAGCAUGAAGUGCUGUAAGAUUUUAGACUUGAUAAUAAAACACAGUGGAUCAACACCAGCAGAUGACAGACAUGUCUCUCCAAACCAUCACUGAUCAUCAGUAAAUUUUACAUUUCAUUUGUAAAUCAAGGGAUCAG